AUGGAUCCAUACUUUCCUAUUGUUUACACCAAAUUCUGACUAUAAUCACCAGAAAUCAAGUCUAAUCAGACCAGAUGACAUUUUUCCAAUCUUCUAUUGUGAAAUUUUGAUGGGCUUGUGCGAAAUUGAAGCCUCAGUUUCCCGUUCUUAGCUGGUAGGAGAGGAACUUGUUGUGGUUUUCUUCUGCUGUAGUCCAGCUGCUUCAGGAUGUUUCAUGUUGUGCGUUCAGAGAUGCUCUUCUGCAUACCUUGGUUGUAACCAGAGGUCAUUUGAGUUGCUGCCACCUUUCUAUCAGUUCAAAGCAGCCUAGCCAUCCUCCUCAGACAUCAACAAGGCAUUUUCGUCAAGAGAACUACUGCUCACUGGAUAUGUCCUAUAUUUUGGACUGUUCUCUAUAAACCGUCGACUAGAGGACAACAUUCUGGUGCUCUGUUUGAACAUCAGCGGGUUGUCUUGAUCAUGGCUACAUAGCUAAAUACAUUGACUUUCUGGUAUGUGAUUGACUGAUUACAUAUUUUUUCCCAUGAGCAGAUGAUUAGGAGUGCUUAUUCAGCUAUCAGGUGAGUGUACGUUAUUAUGAAAUGGUUUUUACCUCUCGAACCCACCUAAGGUCGGAUCAGAUUGAACGUGAUCCAUGAAUCGAUCCAUUCUCUGCUGCACUUUGCUACCAUCUGUCGGCUGCUCUAAGUAUCAUCUAAAUAACCUUUUAACAGGGGAACCAGCUUUAGCUUUACUCACAAAGCAUAUCCGCUAUUUUUUUUUUAAAUAAUGAACCGUCACAAUGUGGGUACGUUUCAGGCCCAGGCAAGAAGCAAAGGGGCUACUUCAGGAUUUAAUAAAAUGCCGACUACACGAGUACCCCAAGACUUUAUAGAUGCUAUGAAACGCUUAUCUGGAGGACAACCAGACAUGGCUGCUAACACUCAAGCAGCACAGAAAGCUUCGUCCUCAGUUGAAAAAUGGAAGUCUUCAUUCAAACCAAUUGGUGAUGAAGAUGAAGACUCUCAGGACAAAAGCAGCACAGAAAAGACUGGCCUUUAUGACCCUUACAACCCUUUGUCGUCAGACUCUGAACCCGAGAUGCCGCCGGACCAAGACCACAAACUCUCCCCACCCACUGAGGAUAAUAGUGUGGAGCGUCAGUGUUUAACUUCAGCGAGAGACUGUCCUGACGGCCGACACUGGGGCUCAACCUACUCCAAACCAGGAAGCGGACCCCCAGACAGAGGAGAAUUUGGCACUGGAACCAGACCUAUAGAAAUUCCAGGUCUCAGUCCAGGAAUUAGAAAGCAUGAACAACAGAUUUAUAGCCCAGAAGCUGAAUCACUUAAUUGUUCAAGCUUUGGCUCCUUGAGUGAAGUAUUGGACCAGAGAGGUGGCACACCUGACAGGCGUAUUCACAGCUCCUCCACCCAGCAGUUUCCUGUGCCUUAUGGACAGAAAACCAAUGGGGAGGAGACGAUAACAGUACCAGGAUAUAAGAUGGAGACUAUUAGAUUAUCCCCACCAAGGUCACAGGACUAUCAGCAUCAGGUGGGCUAUAUGAAAAAAGGAUGGGACCAAGACGUACCUUCUACAAAGGUGACAAGGAACACGCGCCAAACUGUAACUUUGGAAAAAACGCCCAUCACUUGUGACCUUUGUGAGGUUGAGCUUGCCAAUGGGCAGGAGCUGCAGGAUCAUUUGGACAGCAAAUGUCACUGGGACACCCUGGAGCACAUUCAGCAGAAUAAUAAAUACGAUGACGUAAUGAUAGCAUUCCUUCAGGAAGUGAUGCUGUAUAAGAGCCAUUAUUGUAGCCAAGUGGUAGAGGACAAUGCUCUUCAAACUCUACAGGAAAAUAACCACAUGACAAAGGUGGAAAUGUUUCAUUGUGCUGCUUGCAAAGUUUACAUAUCCACAUCUGUGGCUGAAGUGCAGGCUCACAUCACCUCUGAGGAACACCUCGCUCACACGAAGGAGUUUGAAGUGCAUAGGAGACAUGCUUGCCUCAGCAAGGCAGAAGCCAUGAUGAAGGAGCUAAAACCACAGUUUGAACACUUCCUGAAGGGUGGCAGCCCAUUUGAAUGACAGGACUUACUGGAUGUUGUCAUGAGACCGUUUACACUGAGAUGCUGCGCGCGUCGGAUGAAGAGCAGUCGACUUUACUCUUCAUUACCACACAAAACUGCUGUCCCAGUACUCGUGUCUAAUGCUGACAGACAUGCUGUUGUGGGCCUGUGAACACAAUGCAGCUUUUCUUUGUUUAUAUACGGAUUCCCAUUUCUCAUCUGCCUCGCGUUGCGCUGACUACAGCUGCUCCCAGACGAUCUCCAUCUGGGUGCCUGUAGAAGUUUAAACUUGCAGUUUUGUUAACACUAAUUCUUUGUACCUUCCACAUCAAAAUAUGCUACAUUAAAAAAACCAAAACUAAACUUGAAUGCAUAAAUAAUUUGAAAAACGUCAGAUUGUUUCUUUGUCUUUUAUUUAGAACAACACAAAUGUUUUAAGCAUUGUAUCUUUGUGAUAUAGUACAUUUAAAAUUAAAUUAUUUCAAAACAGUAUAUUUAAACAUUAAAUAUAGGUGACGUGUAUGAAGGGCUUGGUCAGCACGGGUUGUGCGUGUUAGGUCUCUCUCUUUUUUACCUCUUUUCUUCCUCAACCACCUUCAGUUUAAAUCUUAUGUUAGAAACAAUGCAGUUACUGAAAUACUAUAAAACACUCUUUCUAUGCAUGACACGUUUUCAGACAUUUUUUUUCUUUUUCAUUUUUCCUUUUUUUUUUGUUUUGUUUUGCACUUUAAUUCAAAAUAUUUCUCUCAGUAACUCUGGCCUGAAAAGAGACUGUGGGUUUUGAUUUGACCGUGUUGCAAUACAAAGGAAACAUGACUUGAUGUGAAUAUUGAUACAGAAGAGAAGUGCUCCCAGAAACUGACUCAAACCAUGAGAAAUCUGAGGUAAAAGUUGUCUUCAUUAGAAAUGGAUUCCACACUACAUUACUGCAUAAAACAAAACAGUCUGUCCACUUGGAAUUGUAUUCCAAAAAAAUGGACCAUGUAAAAACAGACAGGGUAACAAUAUCCAAAAUAAUUGACUUUGUCCAUCUGUCCAAAUGUGUACAAUAUCUCAGACAAUAUUGUACUUUUGGCCGGUAAUUUGUUGACUAAAAAAAAAAAAAAAAA